CCCGCAGGCCGCGACCCCAUUGCGCAUGAGCGAGAUCGUGGAGAGCCCGUGAGAGCGGAGAGCGCCACUCACACUCACCGGGAGGCCGAGCACCAACAUGAACAAGUUGAAAUCCUCUCAGAAAGAUAAAGUUCGUCAGUUUAUGAUCUUCACCCAAUCCAGUGAAAAGACUGCUGUAAGUUGCCUGUCACAGAAUGAGUGGAAGCUAGAUGUUGCUACAGACAACUUUUUUCAGAACCCGGAACUUUAUAUACGAGAAUGUGUAAAAGGAGCAUUGGACAGAAAGAAAUUAGAGCAACUUUAUAACCGAUAUAAGGACCCUCAAGAUGAAAAUAAAAUUGGAAUAGAUGGAAUUCAGCAGUUUUGUGAUGAUUUGGCUCUCGAUCCUGCCAGUGUCAGUGUGCUAAUAAUUGCAUGGAAAUUCAGAGCAGCCACACAGUGUGAAUUCUCAAAGCAAGAAUUCUUAGACGGAAUGACCGAAUUAGGAUGUGACAGCAUAGAGAAGUUAAAAGCACAGCUACCAAAAAUGGAGCAAGAAUUAAAAGAGCCUGGGAGAUUUAAGGAUUUUUAUCAGUUUACAUUCAACUUUGCAAAGAACCCAGGGCAGAAAGGUCUAGAUUUAGAAAUGGCCAUUGCCUACUGGAAUUUAGUUCUAAAUGGACGGUUUAAAUUCCUAGAUUUGUGGAACAAGUUUUUGUUGGAGCAUCAUAAACGAUCAAUACCUAAGGACACGUGGAACCUCCUUUUAGACUUCAGUACGAUGAUAGCUGAUGAUAUGUCAAACUACGAUGAAGAAGGAGCAUGGCCUGUUCUUAUUGAUGACUUUGUUGAAUUUGCACGUCCUCAAAUUGCAGGAACAAAAAGUACAACAGUGUAGCACUAAGGAACCUUCUAGAAUGUACAUAGUCUGUACAAAUUAAUGCAAUGGAAAAUUGCACAGUCAAUUUCUUCUGGCUGGACUAUACUGAAGAUAAGCCCUCAAAGCAAGUCCAGAGGGUUGAAACAGACAAUUGGCAACAUCUUAAGACCAUAUCGUAUUCCAUUCUUUUUGUGGUUUGGGCCUCUGCUAGCCUGGAGCGCAAUUUGCCACUUCAUAUUUUCUAAUUAUGGAUUUCAUUUCAUAUCUGUGGACCAUCCUAGCCUCAUACUCCCAUGAAUGAAAAAUGAUCUGACGUUUUCAUAUAAAUCAAGAUGCCUCCUCCAUCUGCUAAUUACAUCACAGCCUUGAUGAAACUAUUUUUUCCACCUAAUUUUUUUUAAUUUUUUAUGUAGUUUCAAAGAAGGCUGUUGGUUGCACCUUUUUUUUCUUUCCCUGACAUUGGAGGGAAAAGUGGGUUUGUAUCAUUUUUUCCUUUUGGAUAUAAUUUUACAUUGCUAAACUUCCUUGUGUGUACCAAAGGAAUUGUUUUUUUUGUUUUUUUUGGAAGGGGAAAUGGCUUGAUUUACAGCAGACAAAAAAAAAACCUAAUUGAUUUUAUUAACAUUCGUUCUAAACAUUAGAGCAUUCAACCAUGACAGUUCACUGUGGUAUGAAGGAACAAAGUAACACCGUUUUCUUGCCAUAAGACAGAUACACUUCCAAACCAUGCCUGUUUUACAGUGUAUGAUGGUAUUCUGAGGUCAUUAUACCAUGCAACGUGUUUGAAUAUAGGUAUGUGGGAUGAAGGUAUUUGUUACAAAGUUCCUUUAAAAUCAUACUCUUUCACUUUCAGUAUGUUUAAACUUGGUUGCCACUUUUGUCAUUAAUAUUGAGAUAAAAAAAAAUGAACGCUUAUGAGUGUCUGUUUAAAAAAACAAAAAAAAAACAACAGAGACUUUUUGCCAACAUUCUACCCCCCAGCCCCUCUGCUUUCUCCUCUUUGCUAUUCAGAUUAUCUGCUGGAGCUGUUGUUGGACAAGUCCUGCAGGAAAUGGGUACAUAAUACGGAUUUACUAUACAGAUCUGUCUGCUCAGUAGGAGUGUGAGAUGGGCAUUUACAAAGUAAAUGAUAAUGCGACUCCGUUUUAUGGUGACAAUGCUUAGAAUAGUAGUAAGGGCCAUGUGUUUGUUAUUUGGCACUGACAUUUUAAGAAGAUUGCAGAACAAUUGAAAUGCUUGCAAAAGACAUCUUGUCCGAGGAUUCUGCUGAUUCCUUUUGCAGUUAGCACCCAGUGUACCAUUAUACUGCUGGGUCUGUAAGAAAAUAACCAGAGUACUGCAUUUUCUUGUGACAUGUGAUAUAAGAACAUUUAAUUUAUCUAAAACCUUU